AUGGCCUCCAAAGUAAAGCUCAACGUGCAGAGCUUCCCGCGCCCGCCCGCUCUGCAAAAGAUAUCCCGCGACAUCCGGAUCACGUUCCGAGGCGAUACGAUUGCGCAGACGCAAGACGCCUACUGGGUGCUGGAGACGCACCACCCGCCGAGUGGGUUCCCUGUGAUGACCCCGAUAUCGUUCGGGAGAGCCUUGCUGUCUUUGCAGCCGCUGAUGGGCACAGCAUAUUACCUCCCGCGGACCUCGGUCAAGCUCGCCCUGACGCCGACCGGACGCAGGACAGGCUGCGAGUGGAAGGGCACCGCGACGUACUACGAAGCCAAGCUCGGCGACGGCACGACCGUGGCAAACCGGAUAUGGUCGUACGAGGCCCCGACGCCGGCGUUUGAGCCGAUCCGCGGCUACUUGUCCUUCUACGCCGGCCCGCCUUGGGAUUGCUUCGUUGAUGGCGAAAGGGUUGAGCCGCAGCCGGGAGACUUUUACGGCGGCUGGGUCACGUCCGAUAUCGAGGGGAUCGUCAAGGGCCACACCGGUAACCUUGACCCGGUCAUUUAG